GUUAUAGUUGUAUUAUAUUAUUAUUAUUUAUUAUGUUUAACGAACGAUGUCAACAAAAAUUGAAGAACGAUUAGAAUGAGCAACGAGCUACUUGUCAACAUAACUUCACCCUAAAAUGAUUGUGUCUUUGACCACGACGGACUUUGUUCUGUGACUUAAAAUAUUACCUUUUACAUCGUAUCGUUAUUUUUUAAACGGUUAUGUUGACUGAACGUUGAGAUGAAAGUACAGAUGUAUUCUAAGCUGAAAAACGUUUAUGUGAAAGAUACAUGGCACAACGAAAAGGUUCCUCUAGACAUUGUCAUUACAGUGGAACAAACUUUUCGUGACAAUGAAAAAACUAUAUUUAUCUCUGCUUCUGAUGAAAAUGACCCACUUUUUUAUAUCACGUCAAAUGUUACUGAAGAAAGCUUCAGAACUAUCAAAGAGUCUCAAGACUUGGUCGUCAGCUUUGAUAGCUUUCCAAAUCAAAUAAUUCAACUUUUAAAUAAUUCAGAUACAACUGGUGAUGAUGGCCCUAAAUUUAAACUGUUAAUUCAAGAUGAAUAUAUGGGUAAUAAAAUGUAUAAAGGACCAAAGUAUGUAUUGAAAAUAAUUGAACUAAAUGAAUUUAAAAACCUUUGUCAUUUGGCUAUUGAGAUGUCUAAAGCAUCCGAUACUGAUGUAGCAAAACACAUAUGCAAAAAAAUGACGUCAAUCAAAAAUGUAAUUGAAUUAAAAGAUAAAGAAACUGAAAACUUGAAACGAGAACUCUUAAAACUCCACAAUGAAUUGGCAAACAAAAACAAUGAAUUAGAAAAAUUUCAAUCGUCAAUGAACCAUGAAAAAAUUAACCUAACUGCCAAACAAGAACAAGUUAUAGACCAAUGGAAAGAAAAAUAUGAAAAAUUAGAUGCUGAACGAAUGAAACAACUGCGUGAAAUGCAUGAAGAAAUGAUUGCACAACAGGAAAGAUUAAGUUCCUCUCUUCAAACAACUAUUAAAUCACAAAAUAAAGAAAUUCAAAGUUUAUUAACUCAAUCAGAAAAUAAAUCUGAACAAAUUAGUGAAAUGUCAAUUCGCAUGAAAACCCUGGAAUCCAAGAACAAAACUUUAAUUGAGGAAACUACAUCCCUAAUUAAUACUAAUGAAAACCUAAUAUCAGACAGAGAUAUUAAAAAAAAAAUUAUUGAAAGAAUGCAAAAUCAUAUCUUAUCUUUAGAAAAUGAAAUUAAACAAAAUACAAAAUUACUUCAGAAACAAAAUAAUUAUUAUGAAAUAUCUAAUAAACUUCAAGAGCAGUUAUCAACUGUUUUAAAAGAAAACGAAGAAUUAAAGAAACACAAUGAAGACAAUUUGAAAUCAAUGUGUGAUGAACUGAAACAAGCAAAUAAAAUAAUUAAAAAAUUGCAUGAUUCCAAUCAGGAGCAGUCACAAAAGCUUAUAUUAAGUAAAGACAUUGCAUUGAAACAAAAAGAAGACAUUCUUAGGUAUCAAAGUGAAAACACAAAGUUAUCAAAAUCCCUUGAAGAAAAAUCUUCCAGUAUUGAAAAUCUAAAUAUUCAAUUGUUGGAAACUAAAAAUAAGCUAACAAUCGUAGAACAGAGUUUAAAAGAAAAAGAAGAACGUUUGGCCAGUAAUGACAAGGUGAUUCAUUGGUUAAACAGCAAGUUGAACAACUGUGAGAUUGUAGCAAAGUCGUCUAGUAAUUGUGGUAUAUUAUCAGAAACAAAAAAUGCUAAUGUCAAAAGUGUGGAAAAAUUUUCAACAUCGACUCCAGCCACUGCUGAAACUGACAAUAUUAACCCUAAAUCAUCCUCCAAUGGUCGGAAACUGAACUCGAAAACUUUGAGUUCUAACAUCAGUGAAACAUUGACUAGUAAUACAAAGAGAAGUGCUCCGAUUCGGCGUGUUAUGUAUGGACCACUCAGUUCUGCUCCUUAUUUUGCAGCCUGAAUAUAUAAUUUUUAAGAUUUUUAUGUUGAAUUAUUUUUAUAAAUGUAUACUUUUUUAACAAAAUAUAAUAUGUAACUAUAUUUUUAAUACUUAAUACAAAACAUUUGAUCGUAAA